AUGCGUCUUGCCUCGCUAUCACGCUGGCUGUCGAGCGCUGUUCACGCCUGGAAACAUCUCCAAGUCAGCUACUACGGCGGCAAAUACUCCGUCGAGCGGCUGCUUGCCCUCGAUGAGUACACAAGGAACACACCGCUAUCGCGAGUGCUGCUGGUGUGUAUCGGGACGCCUGUCCCUAUGGCGGUGCUCGUUAGCGCUCAAGCAUUAUUGUCACUACAAGAGCCAGCAGACGGGUGGAGAGCAAACUCCGGGUUCUGGAUUCGCUCGGGAAUUUUAUCCUUCACGGUGGCGGUCAUUUUGACAACGCAGGCGAUUUAUCACAUUGACGGAGUCACAACAUCAACGCUCCAAGUAUUGCUGCUGUCCGCGCUCACAUCCCUUCUUUUCACAAUUGGAGCCCUCGCCAUCUCAGCCGCUCUCAUCUUCCCCGUUCCGUUCUUCGUGCUGACGCUGUGCCCAAUAUUCUACGUGGCGUUAAUUACUUCGUAUCGAAUCGUGCUGGGAGAUGCCAUUUUUCGACAAAUGCUGCAGAAUCGAGACCAAACCGUUCGAUACAUCUACUUUGUAGGGGCGCGGAACGUCAUGGUUUUCACGUACCCGGCCUAUGAGACUUUAUUUCGCGCCGUGAGAGGGUCCGCGUAUCAACUUCCCGUCAUUCUCAUCCUUCCGUUCAUCAAGGUCGCCAUAAGAAACCUCGUUCUGCGCUGCAUGACUCACUUGGAGGACAUGAUGCCAGAGGCAGUGAUCUUCACGCGCCCCGUGAUUCUUCGUGAAGCGCUCGAGGCUCUUUUCACUACCGAGUGCAUUGUUGUCACGGCCUACCUCGAAGCUAUCAUCCCUUUCUUCUACUGUAGCUACAUGUUGGUAAGCUCACGCUAUCACACGGAGAUGGUCGGAGUCACGUCGGGCAACGUGGUGAAAACCAUUUUGCCAGUUUUCAACUUUGGAAUCCUGCAGUUGGCAACGUUCUUGGUGCUGGCAGCAGUCAUCAAGCGGAACUGUGGGAUGAAAAUGCUGUACCAGCUCGCGUUUGUGUUGGAAACGCACAUGCCGCUGAUUCAAGGAAAAUUUAUGUUCUGGGUGCUUAUCGUGUUAUGCUUUCGCAUCGUGCACUUUGGUGUUGAUUUCAGUUUCCAGUUCAAAAAGGGGUUUUACAGCUAG